AUGGAAAAUGUAACAGUAGUGAACAAAUUUAACAAUGAAGUUACUAAUUAUUAUAAAAAUAAAACGAACGCAGUUAAACAACCAUGGACAAUAGCUACAAUAUCCGAUGCUGUUUCUGAAAUAGCAGCUUCUAAAAUACCAGGAACCAAAAAAAAUAGUAAGCAAUAUAGAUUGAUUAAAAAAUAUGAUAUUAUGGAAGUAGGUGAUUCAAAAUAUUUGGUAAAAAAAAGAAAAAAUCAUGAUGAGCCAAUUGUUCAAUUAGUAGCACGUGAGAAUUUUUUUGAAAUUUUAAAUACGAUUCACAAAAAUGUUGGACACGGAGGUCGUGAUAAAAUGAUGUAUGCUCUAAAAGAUAAAUAUUAUAUUCCAAAACCUAUUGUUUUGAUAUUUUGUAAGUUGUGCAAUGUUUGUAAUUUAAAAAAAUCUCAGCAGCACAAAAACAUUGUUGUAAAACCUAUAUUAUCCAAAGAUUUUAAUGUUCGUGGGCAAGUUGAUUUGAUUGAUUUUCAAUCGACACCAAGUGGUAGUUUUAAAUGGCUUUUAAACUACCAAGACCACGCUACAAAAUAUUGUCAUUUACGUCCAUUACAAUCAAAAAGAGCUUCAGAAGUAGCAUUAGAGCUUCUUAAGAUAUUUUUACAAUUUGGAGCUCCUUAUAUAUUACAGAGCGAUAAUGGUCGAGAAUUUACCGCAACUGUAGUAGAGGAAAUGACAAACCUGUGGCCUGAGUGUAAAAUUAUUCAUGGAAGGCCUCGAUACCCGCAAUCUCAAGGGAGUGUAGAGCGCUGUAAUCAAGACGUAGAAAACAUGUUGAGGGCAUGGAUGAUAGACAAUCAAAGCACUGAUUGGGGAAUGGGGUGUUAUUUUGUACAAUGGCAAAAAAAUUGCUCAAAACAUCGAAUAAUUAACAGAAGCCCUUAUAAAGCAUUAUUUGGAAGUGAACCAAAAAUAGGAUUUUCUAGCAAAAAUUUACCCAAUGAUAUCUUACAGUCGAUUACAACAGAAGAAGAUUUAAAUGAGUUAAUUAAUACUGAAGUAAGUGAUGAAGUAGAUAGUGACGAAGAAGCAGAAGAUAGUGAAAAAGAUAACGAACAAAUUAAUGAAAAGGAUAAUAAUAUAUACGACUGUAAAAAUUGCAAUUCUAAAGUGUCUAUCAUAAACAAAGAAUCUUUGUGCGACACAUGUGUAAAAGAAAAAAAAAUUCAGAAAGAAAGAGUAGAAGCUUUUGAAGGACAAAAAAAAGCUGCAAAAAAAAUGAUACAAACUAGUGAUAAGAAAUUAGUUGUAAUUGAAGUUGGAAAUUACGUUUUAGUUAAUAUUCCAAAGGUAGAUCGUGGACCAUUAGACACACAAAAUAUAAUUGGCCUAACUGCUGUUAGUCUGUAUGCAAUGAGCCUUAAAAACAGCAGGCUGUUUGGAAAAAUAAUAAGUGAUUCGCAAACGGGCUACCCCAUUACAAAGAGCCUUGUCUUUUUGCAAAAAAUCUAA